AUGACUGGCACACGUCGAACAUGUGCUGAAGCGCUGCUGCAGGUCCCAAUCGAUGCCGUCCUUGUUAGCAGUGGAUUGGAAGGUGCUACCGGGACUUUUACGGGACCCUUUCGGUCGGAUGGAGGUCAUGCACCCACAGGAACCACUCCAAGCGUUUGA